AUAUAUACCGUGAUCUGUCUGUCCCGUUUCUGCUGUGCUGAGUUAUGUAGUGUUUGGUAAACAUUGAUCUUUUUUUUUAACAUAAUUACUUCGACUUGUCGCUAUUUAAUUGAUGCAAUAUGUUGAAUGUAAAUUUGCGUUCACGAGUCUCUUAAAUUCAACGUUCCAAGAACGGAGAUUCAAUGUCGCGAGAUUUAACGUUACAGAGAUGUUACGGCGGAAUAGGUUGAGACACAGGUUCAUAUCUAUUGGCUUCAUCGUUUUUGCAACAGUAUUUUACAAUGAGUUUCUUGUAUACGAAGUGCAAAAGUUUAAGUGGGCAAUGCGCGAGUGCUCGGAAUGCGUCAAGGUUCUUCUCGUUGCGGACCCGCAAAUACUUGGGGAAAAGUAUGAGAACUACUUUGGUUCUUGGAUAGCGAGAUGGGACAGCGAUAGGUACUUGGAGAAAACGUUUUCAAGGGCACUGAAGUACUCUCAACCACAUGUUAUCGCAUUUCUUGGUGAUCUCAUGGACGAAGGCCACAUAUCUAAUGCUGAAGAUUUUGAAAGAUACAAAAGAAGGUUGGACUCAAUAUUUUCGAUGCCAGAUGACAUAAUGAAAAUUUAUCUACCGGGUGACAAUGACAUUGGCGGGGAGGAUGAUAUUGUUUCUCCUAGUAUACACAACAGAUUCAAUUUUGCAUAUACUCAGCCAGACACAUUAGUUUAUAAGACUGUUACCUUUUUUAAGGUAAAUAGAUUAACGCGUACGAUGCCGGAGGCGCCGAAAGACGCAUUUCUGAACGAUUACGCAGAGAGGAACACGACCAAUGUUAUUCUUAGCCAUAUGCCUUUGUUGUUUAUGCCUGGCAGUUUUGUGCAAAAUGUACUCAAGGAGCUAUCGCCACAAGUGAUUUUUACCGCGCACGAACACAAGGCGAUGCAUGUAAGUUUAGACACAGCGACCGACCAAUUGAGCGAAAUUUGGAUCCUUCCUCCAUAUGAAACGCCUUUGUAUCAAUUGCGGAUGGACGUAGGGGACAUUCAUGAAGUACAAAUACCGACUUGUUCCUAUAGAAUGGGUACACCGCACAUGGGUUAUGGGCUUGCUUACAUAGAUACCCAAGAAAAAACCGUCGAGUUCACGAUCCUGUGGCUCCCAAGCAGAUUCCCACAGCUGUUUGCUUACAUAUUUAUCGCCGGGUUGGUCAUCGUACUUGCCACUUAUUCUUUCGUCUCAGGCUACUGCGUGAAAAGUUAUGCGACUUAUAGUCGUAUACCUUCCGUGUAAUACUCUGUAGGGUACAAUCGAACGUACUUAUACGCUUGAUUGGUGACUUACAAAAGUCCGUCCAGAAGAUAAUUUACCACCUUGCCAAGAUUUGAUAAAAAGAUCUGAAAAAAGAGUACUUAAGGCGGGAGACUUUUGCAUAACGCAUAACACAAGAAAUAAACCAAUCAAAAUCCUCCAUUUUAAUUCUCAGGAUAGAAAUGGAGGAUUCUGAUUAAUGUAUUUCCUUAUGCGUCAUGCGUUAUGCAAAAGUUUGUGUUCCAGCCUUUAUUUAGUAUUUCUUAUUUUUACAAUUUUCUUUUUUUUAUUGUUACGUUAAAAUCUAACAGAAAGAUCUGAAACAAAGAGUAUUACUUAAUAUUUUUUAUUUUUAGGAUUUUCUUUUUUCUUUCGUUACGUUAAACGAAUAUACUUACCUGUGCUGAUAUUAUCCGUGAAAUUCUUUCAGUCAGUAUUCUCUUAUUCGUAUUUUCUUGUCAGUAUUCUUAAGAAGAAUAUUUUCAGAAAAGUUUUUUUUUGCAGCUUUUUAGAGUUUUUUUAAAGCUUUUUAGAAUUUUUUUAAGCGUUUUACUUAUUUAGGUUUAGUAUAUUUACUUAAUUAAUUAAAUACUCUAAUAAUUUAUAGUCCAUUUAUGUUUAGUCAUACAAAGUAAAAGUAGCAGUAUUGAGUUUAGAUAUACAUUCUAUGUAAAAUCUUAUUAAUUAAUUAACUAAUUUUUAAACUAACUAAAUGUUGAAUUUACUUCAAGAGCAAUUAAAUUUAAAAAACUGAAUUAAUUCUUGCCUCUAUCAAUAAGUUAAAAAAAUUUAAAUUAGUUAAGUAUGUCUAGAGAGAUCUGCUUCUUUAGUUUCUGGCACUCUGAGUGAUUGUUACAUUUAAAUGUAAUGUAGCAAAAAGUAUGUGCAUACAUAAUGACAAAUUUGUUAAAACCUCAAUGUAUUAUGAAAUUUCUGUAUGUGCGAACACACAAUGCCAAAUUUUAAUGUGGCCUUUAUACAUGCCGCUGUUACCAAGUAUUAUUAAAUUAAAUGACUUUUCCUACAUUGAACAAUAUAAGAAAGUAUCUCUGGUCAAAAUAUCAUCACAUUUAAUAUUGAUAUAACAAUAGAAGAAAUCGGAUACAAAUUUUAUUAUACCAUAUCACAAAAAUAGAAAUAUAAGAAAGAAUUGUUGAACAAAGGUUUGUUUUAGAUAGACCAAUUUAUAUGUAUUUGCCUGAAAUAAAUGUUUAAUGUUGAAA